AUGGGCGUUGGCUUCACCUUUCAGCCGACUCUUGUAGCUGCCCAGGCGCACUCUGCUAAGCAGGACCGGGCUGUUGUGAUCAGUUCGCGCAAUUUCUUGCGCGCUCUAGGCGGCGCCGCUGGUCUCGCCAUUGCCUCAGCUCUCUUCUCCAAUACUUUGGUCGGGCACAUAAACUCCGUAUCAGCUGUCCCGGCGGACGUUGUGGAUGAGAUCAAAUCUUCUGUAUUCUCGAUGCCAGACAUCUCUGGCUUGACGGAGGAGCAACGGAUCAUCAUCCUCGACACGUAUACGAGGGCAUCAAGAUCUGUCUUCUACUUCUGGGAAGGAUGCAUGGGUUUAUGCUGGCUGCUGAUGUUCUUCAUCAAGGACAAGGGUCUCCAGAGGAAGGAAGAGACGCAGGGAAAUACGGUAACUCCUGCCAAAAUCACGGCACGCCUGCAUAGGGCUGGCGGACUCGCCCUCUCGGACCAGUUCUACCUUACCGUUGUUCCGGAAGAUGGAUCGGACUCCUACCUAGUAUUAAUAGCCGUUGUUUCGCGCGCAGCCCUUAUUCUCUCCUCGGCACUAGAGUACACGGCCCAGUUCACAUUUAAUGAAACUUCUGGCCGCAUUUUUGAGGCGGGCUCGACCAUAACUGGCAAUGGGCCGAUCAUAGCCGGCAACGUUGUGCUAUUCAACUAUUACACCAUGCUUUAA